ACUAAAUUCAUUCAUAGCUUACACAUAAAGCAGGCGGCGGCAAUACCGGUGCGUCUCCUGAAGUAAAACAGCAGUCCGCAUCGUCCGUGUUUUCAGGAAGAGACGCAGAGUGCAAGUGUAUAGUCAGCAUGGCAGAAGCACAUCAGGCAGUGGCCUUCCAGUUCACUGUCACUCCUGAUGGCAUCGACCUGCAUCUGUGCCACGAAGCCCUACGUCAGAUCUAUCUGUCUGGCAUCCACUCCUGGAAGAAGAGGUUUAUCAGGUUCAAGAAUGGUGUCAUGACAGGGGUCUAUCCAGGAAGUCCCUCUGGGCUCGUGGUUGUAUUGGUUGGUUACAUGUCAAGUACGAAAUAUGCCAAAAUUGACCCCUCCCUUGGGAUAUUAAGCAAGCUGUCGACACACCUACCAGUCAGUAAAUACAUAACAGAAGAUGGCCAGCGUAUUGUUGGUGGUGUGCUUGUUGGCACGGGACUGUGGAUUGCUGUGACUUUCGUUAUGAGGAACGCACUCAAGUACUUGCUGUCCUGGCAUGGGUGGAUGUUUAACCGCCAUGGAACUCUGUCCUUAAAAACAAAGAUUUGGUUGGUGUUGGUGAAGUUAUUUUCUGGGCCAAAGCCAAUGCUGUACAGCUUCCAGAGUUCACUACCACGUUUGCCAGUGCCUCCCGUAAAAGACACCGUUAGAAGAUACCUGGAGUCGGCACGUCCUCUGAUGGAUGAUGAACAGUACAAACGUAUGGAGGGUUUAGCAAAGGACUUUGAGAAGAAUUUGGGCCCCAAACUUCAGUGGUACCUGAAGCUGAAAUCCUGGUGGACUUCCAAUUACGUCAGCGACUGGUGGGAAGAGUACAUUUACCUCAGAGGUCGAAGUCCAAUCAUGGUCAACAGCAACUACUAUGCAAUGGACUUCUUGUAUGUGAACCCCACUUCACUCCAAGCUGCUCGAGCUGGUAAUUCCAUCCAUGCCAUGAUGAUGUACAGGAGAAAACUGGACAGAGCACAGAUAAAACCUUUAUACUUGCUGGAGAAUCGAGUGCCACUGUGUUCGGCACAGUGGGAGAGGAUGUUUAACACUUGCCGUAUUCCUGGGCUGGAGACAGAUGUCCUUCAGCAUGUGAAUGAGAGCAAACACAUCGCCGUGUACCACAAGGGUCGCUUUUACAAGGUGUGGAUGUUUUAUGACGGACGCUUGCUGUUGCCUCGAGAAAUUGAGCAGCAGAUGGAGAGAAUCUUGGCAGACAAAUCUGAACCUCAGCCAGGUGAAGAGUUUCUGGCUGCUUUGACGGCAGGAGACAGAGUUCCCUGGGCCAAAGCCCGUUCACAGUUUUUCAUUCGUGGAAAGAAUAAGCAGGCUCUGGAUGCUGUGGAGAAGGCUGCUUUCUUUGUUACUCUGGAUGAUUCCGAACAGCGUUAUGAGCCAGAAAAUCCAAUCCAGUCACUGGACAGCUAUGGCAAAUCUCUGCUCCAUGGAAAAUGCUAUGACAGAUGGUUUGAUAAGUCUUUGAACCUUAUUAUAUUCAAGAACGGCACUAUGGGACUGAAUGCAGAACACUCCUGGGCUGAUGCACCCAUCGUUGGCCAUUUGUGGGAGCAAGUCUUGUCAUCGGAUCCAGUGAGUCUGGGCUAUACUGAGGAUGGACACUGCAAAGGAAACACCCAUCCCAACAUGCCGGGACCCCAGAGACUGCAGUGGGACAUCCCAGAGGAGUGCCAGACGGUAAUCAGCAGCUCUCUGAAAGUAGCCAAUACUCUGGCAGAUGAUGUAGACAUGCACAUUUUCCCCUUCAACGACUUUGGCAAAGGCUUAAUCAAGAAAUGCAAGACCAGUCCUGAUGGCUUUAUUCAGCUCGCCCUCCAGCUGGCACACUUCAGGGAUAAAGGCAAGUUCUGUCUGACGUACGAAGCAUCCAUGACGCGUCUGUUCAGAGAAGGCCGCACUGAGACUGUGCGUUCCUGCACCAAUGAGACCUGUGCUUUUGUUCAUGCCAUGAUGGAUGAGAAAACAACGAGAGAAGAGAGACUGAAGCUGCUGAAAGCGGCUGCAGAAAAGCACCAGAAUUUAUACAAACUGGCCAUGACCGGAAAAGGCAUUGACCGUCAUCUUUUCUGCCUCUACUUAGUGUCCAAGUAUCUCGGUGAAGAUUCGCCUUUCCUCAAAGAGGUUUUGUCCGAACCCUGGAGGUUGUCCACCAGUCAGACUCCUCUCCAGCAGAUGGAACUCUUUGACUUGAAAAGACAUCCAGAAUAUGUCACCAGUGGAGGUGGAUUUGGACCUGUUGCUGAUGAUGGUUAUGGUGUAUCAUAUAUCAUUCUCGGAGAGGACCUUAUCAAUUUCCACAUAUCCAGCAAACACUCAAGCCAUGAGACUGAUUCUCAUCGUUUUGGAAGUAACAUUAAACAGGCGAUGCUUGAAAUCUUGGAUCUUUUCCAGCUUGACAUCAAAGCUAACAACAAGUGAUCCAUCUCGUUUUCUCAUUUGUGAAAAGGGAAAUUGUUUUCAAAUCUUUUAAACAUACUGAUUCUUCUGAGGAAUGUACAGAGUAAAUGAUUGUUCUAAUUGAAGCUGUAAUAAUAAUAAAAUUAGAGUGGUUAUUUUAAAUAGUGCAGAGCAUGGUAACUGGGCAUUUUAUGUAAAUGAGUAGUUUUAGAGAAGAAAUAAUUUUGUGGCUCAGAAUUAUAUCACAGACUGCAUUUUUUUGGUUUGUUUGCUUGUUUUGGGAUGUAUUUUUGCCUUAAUCUCGAAAUGAAUGUUUUUCAGAAGUUGCCUUUUUGUGCUGCUGAACAUUCAUACAAUGCAUCUGGAAAGUAUUCAUAGCGCUUCACUUUUCCACAUUUUUUAUGUUAUAGCCUCAUUCCAAAAUGGAUUAAAUUCAUUUAUUUCCUCAAAAUUCUACACACAAUACCCCAUAAUGACAAUGUGAAAAAAGAUUUUUUGAAAUUGUUGCAAAUUUAUUAAAUAAAAAAAACUAUGAAAAAUCACGUACAUAAGUAUUCACAGCCUUUGCUCAAUACUUUGUUGAUGCACCUUUGGCAGCAAUUACAGCCUCAAGUCUUUUUGGAUAUGAUGCCACAAGCUUGGCACACAAAUCUUUGGGAAUUUUUGCCCAUUCUUCUUUACAGUACCUCUCAAGCUCUAUCAGGUUGGAUGGGAAGCGACGGUGUACAGCCAUUUUCAGAUCUCUCCAGAGAUGUUCAAUAGGAUUUAGGUCUGGGCUCUGGCUGGGCCACUCAAGGACAUUCACAGAGUUGUUGUGAAGCCACUCCAUUUAUAUUGUGGCGUUGUGCUUUGGGUCAUUGUCCUGCUGGAAGAUGAACCGUCGCCCCAGUCUGAGGUCAAGAGCACUAUGAAGCAGGUUUUCAUUCAGGAUGUCUCUGUACAUUGCUGCAUUCAUCUUUCCCUCUAUCCUGACUAGUCUUCCAGUUCCUGCUGCUGAAAAACAUCCCCACAGCAUGAUGCUGCCACCACCAUGCUUCACUGUAGGGAUGGUAUUAGCCUGGUGAUGAGCGGUGCCUGGUUUUCUCCAAACGUAAUGCCUGGCAUUCACUCCAAAGAGUUCAAUUUUAGUCUCAUCAGACCAGAGAAUUUUGUUUUUUAUGAUCUGAGAGUCCUUUAGAUGCUUUUUGGCAAAUUCCAGGCGGAGAGUGGCUUCUGUCUGGCCACGCUACCAUACAGGCCUGAUUGGUGGAUUGCUGCAUAGAUGGUUGUCCUUCUGUGAGGUUCUCCUAUCUCCACAGAAGAACGCUGGAACUCAGACAGAGAAACCAUCAGCUUAUAAAUCACCUCCCUGACUAAGGCUCUUCUCCCCUGA